AUGGAGCCGGGCCGCGGCGGUGUCGAGACCGUGGGCAAGUUCGAGUUCUCUCGCAAGGACCUGAUUGGACACGGCGCCUUCGCGGUGGUCUUCAAGGGUCGACACCGCGAGAAGCACGACCUGGAGGUGGCCGUCAAAUGCAUUAACAAGAAGAACCUUGCCAAGUCCCAGACACUACUGGGAAAGGAAAUCAAAAUUCUGAAGGAACUAAAGCACGAAAACAUUGUGGCGUUGUAUGACUUCCAGGAAAUGGCCAAUUCCGUCUACCUGGUCAUGGAGUAUUGUAAUGGUGGAGACCUGGCUGACUACCUGCACACUAUGCGCACACUGAGUGAAGACACUGUCAGGCUGUUCCUACAACAGAUUGCUGGUGCCAUGCAGCUGUUACACAGCAAGGGCAUCAUUCAUCGUGAUUUGAAGCCCCAGAACAUUCUGCUAUCCAAUCCCGGGGGUCGCCGUGCCAACCCCAGCAACAUCCGAGUCAAGAUUGCUGACUUUGGAUUUGCCCGGUACCUCCAGAGCAACAUGAUGGCAGCCACACUCUGUGGUUCUCCUAUGUACAUGGCCCCUGAGGUCAUCAUGUCCCAGCACUACGAUGGGAAGGCCGACCUGUGGAGCAUUGGCACCAUUGUCUACCAGUGUCUGACAGGGAAGGCCCCCUUUCAGGCCAGCAGCCCUCAGGAUUUGCGCCUGUUUUAUGAGAAGAACAAGACACUAGUUCCUGCUAUCCCACGGGAGACAUCAGCUCCCCUGCGGCAGCUGCUCCUGGCUCUGUUGCAGCGUAACCACAAGGACCGAAUGGACUUUGAUGAAUUUUUCCACCACCCUUUCUUAGAUGCCAGCACCCCCAUCAAGAAGUCCCCACCUGUGCCUGUGCCCUCAUAUCCAAGCUCAGGGUCCGGCAGCAGCUCCAGCAGCAGCUCUGCCUCCCACCUGGCCUCUCCACCGUCCCUGGGGGAGAUGCCACAGCUGCAGAAGACCCUUACCUCCCCAGCCGAUGCUGCUGGCUUUCUGCAGGGCUCACGGGACUCUGGUGGGAGCAGCAAAGAUUCCUGUGACACAGAUGACUUUGUCAUGGUCCCAGCCCAGUUUCCAGGUGAUCUAGUCGCUGAGGCAGCCAGUGCCAAGCCCCCACCUGAUAGCCUGCUGUGUAGUGGGAGCUCACUGGUCGCCUCUGCUGGCCUAGAGAGCCACGGCCGCACCCCAUCUCCCUCUCCAACCUGCAGCAGCUCUCCCAGCCCCUCUGGCCGGCCUGGCCCUUUCUCCAGCAACAGGUACGGUGCCUCGGUCCCCAUUCCUGUCCCCACUCAGGUGCACAACUACCAGCGCAUCGAGCAGAACCUGCAGUCGCCAACUCAACAGCAGACAGGCCGGUCCUCUGCCAUCCGAAGGUCAGGUAGCACUAGCCCCCUGGGGUUUGGUCGUGCCAGCCCAUCACCCCCCUCCCACACUGAUGGAGCCAUGCUGGCCAGGAAGCUGUCACUAGGAGGUGGCCGUCCCUACACACCCUCUCCCCAAGCCACCCUUUUCCUACCAGUGGGAACCAUCCCAGAACGGCCCAGCUGGAGCAGAGUGCCCUCUCCACAAGGAGCGGAUGUUCGGGCUGGCAGGUCGCCACGACCAGGCUCCUCUGUGCCUGAGCACUCUCCAAGAACCACCGGGCUGGGCUGCCGCCUGCACAGUGCCCCCAACCUGUCCGACUUCCAUGUUGUGCGUCCCAAGCUGCCUAAGCCCCCGACAGACCCACUGGGAGCCACUUUCAUCCCACCCCAGACAAGCACACCCCAGCCAUGCCCAGGGUUACAGUCUUGCCGGCCACUGCGUGGCUCACCUAAGCUGCCUGACUUCCUACAGCGGAGUCCCCUACCGCCCAUCCUAGGCUCCCCUACCAAGGCUGGGCCCUCGUUUGACUUCCCCAAAGCCCCCAGCUCUCAGAAUUUGCUGACCCUGUUGGCUAGGCAGGGUGUAGUAAUGACACCACCUCGGAACCGUACACUGCCUGACCUCUCAGAAGCGGGGCCUUUCCAGGGCCAGCAGCUAGGCUCUGGCCUUCGGCCUGCUGAAGACACCAGGGGCCCCUUUGGCCGGUCCUUUAGCACCAGCCGCCUUACGGACUUGCUGCUUAAGGCUGCAUUUGGGACUCAGGCCUCCGACUCAGGCAGCACCGACAGCCUACAGGAGAAACCUAUGGAGAUUGCUCCCUCUGCUGGCUUUGGAGGGACUCUGCAUCCAGGAGCUCGUGCUGGAGGGGCCAGCAGCCCAGCACCUGUGGUAUUUACUGUGGGCUCCCCGCCCAGUGGUACCACCCCACCCCAGAGUACCCGCACCAGAAUGUUCUCAGUGGGCUCUUCCAGCUCCCUGGGCUCUACUGGCUCCUCCUCUGCCCGCCACUUAGUGCCUGGGGCCUGUGGAGAGGCCCAGGAGCUUUCUGCCCCAGGCCACUGCUGUAGCCUUGCUGACCCUCUUGCUGCCAACUUGGAGGGGGCUGUGACCUUCGAGGCUCCUGACCUUCCAGAGGAGACCCUCAUGGAGCAAGAGCACACGGAAACCCUACACAGUCUGCGUUUCACACUAGCGUUUGCACAGCAAGUUCUGGAGAUUGCAGCCUUGAAGGGGAAUGUCAGUGAGGCAGCCGGGGGCCCUGAGUACCAGCUCCAGGAGAGUGUGGUGGCUGACCAGAUCAGUCUUUUGAGCCAAGAGUGGGGCUUUGCAGAGCAACUGGUUCUGUACUUGAAGGUGGCUGAGCUGCUGUCGUCAGGCCUCCAGACUGCCAUUGACCAGAUUCGGGCUGGGAAGCUCUGCCUUUCCUCUACUGUGAAGCAGGUGGUACGGAGACUAAAUGAGCUGUACAAGGCCAGCGUGAUGUCCUGCCAGAGCCUCAGCUUGCGUCUUCAGCGCUUCUUUCUGGACAAACAACGGCUGCUGGAUGGGAUCCAUGGUGUCACUGCAGAGCGACUUAUCCUUAGCCAUGCAGUGCAGAUGGUACAAUCAGCCGCCCUUGAUGAGAUGUUCCAGCACCGAGAGGGCUGUGUACCGCGAUAUCACAAAGCCCUGCUACUGUUGGAGGGGCUGCAGCACACUCUGACAGACCAGGCAGACAUUGAGAACAUUGCCAAAUGCAAGCUGUGCAUUGAGAGGAGACUCUCCGCCCUGUUGAGUGGCGUCUAUGCCUGACUACCUGCUGGCGACCUGCAGGGUACGGUCUGAGACCUGGCGCACUGUCCUCAACACUGAUCUGAAGGUGCUGAGGCUGCUGCCAGCCAAUUCCAGCAGGGAUGCUACACGGUGGACCUGUGCAGACUGGUGCAACUCCUGCUUCCUAGGCUGCCAGUCUCUCCUGGCAGGUAGACAUCAGAGUGCCAGGGACAGUUGUAUUGCCCACUGGGACAGGAAUUUCUGAACUUACUCUUCCCAGCUGGCUCCCCUGGCAAGCAGGUGUGGCACCGAGAGGUGGUAGGCUGAUGCGUGUGAGCACCUGCCACCCGCAGAGGCCAAAGCAGCCCUGUAGACCUGCAAGGGCCUAAGACUGUUGCUGACUCCAAGCCAAAGCAAGCUUUUUCUCACAGUUCACUUGCCCCAUUGCUCGUCCAAGAAAAAAGGGUAUGGUCUUCUGGCCUCCUGAUCUCUCUAGGAACUUCUCCCUCUGAGACUACCCACCCAGCUUUGUAAGUCACCGGAGCACUUUAUGCAUACAGAGACUGGAGAACCUAGCCAGCAGUGCAGACUGCUGGGAAUCUGCCUCCUGUUCCCGGCUUUCGUCCUCCAAGACGCUGUAUAGAUGCAGACCAUGUCUUCGUGUAUAAAAGCCCAGUGUUCACCUCCUCCUGUGUCUGGUCUUCGGAGGAAAGCAACAGGCUUGUCUCCUGAGGGAGGCAGUCCUCAUGUUUAAAUGUUCAUUAGGGACAGUCAUCGUGUGAAGCACCCUGCUUUUUAAACUCCUCAGCUUCCUAAGAUGUGUCCUCACUCUCCCAUCUCAGUUUUUCUUCAUAAAAGGAAACUUCAGAUGUUUAAGGAUUGGAAGGGUGAAGGCAGGGCAGGCAAGCAUCACACUGGAUGUUGCCCUUGUAGGAGACGGUGCAGGCUGUGUGGCCAAGGCUGUAGUGUGUCCUGAGUGAGUGUGGCAAAGGCUGCUGUGUGUCCUGAGUGAGUGUGGACAAGGCUAUUGUGUGCCUGAUUGAGUGUUCCUCUGGCCAUCUAUUAACUCCUUGUAAGGAUGACAGAGAGGGCAGUGCCCGACUCUGUCCCCCCAUGCAAUGGCCAGGUGUGGGUGAAGAAUAACAUAUGCAAACAGGUCCCCUGUGGAGCUUUUGUGUCAGUCUGGCUCCUGUGCUUGGUGGCUUCAGGGUCUGUGCUGAAGCCUGUCUUCCAGGCUCCAGGGUGGACACAGCUAAUACCUUCCCAGCCUCUCUGGUCUGCCAGUCCUUUGUCACCUUGCUGUCCAUGCGUACUUGAAAGUAUCUGAGUGUCCACACAGCAGAUGUGGGGUUUCUUUCCCACAACAACAUUCAGAGUUAUAGGCCACAUACACACACAAAAACACGUUUUUCUUUGCAAUACUUGAAAUAUUGCCACUGUGCUUGGUUGUACAAGAGUUGUACAAGAAAGCAGAUCUCUAAGACCAGUCUCUUCCUUAGUCACCCCAUGACCUCCCUUGCAUGUAACAUGUUGUAUUUAUUGCUUUGUGGCCAACUGGAACCCAGAGCCACCAGGGAGGCUAGUGUAUGGGUUCCUUACCCACCACUUGGUUCCUAAAGGCUCCUGGGGUGGCUAUGUAUGCGUGUGGCUGGCUGUGUGUGGUAUGAGCCAAACCUGCUCACUGAAGCAGUGCUCAGGCCUGUCAAUUUUAAGAUGAAUUUUGUGAGUCUCCCCCUUUUCUGUUCCACUGUGUCAUAUCAGUUUAAGAAAAUAAAAUUUGGAAUUAUUUA